UAAUAGCAAUAAUACUACUAGUUUUCAGGUGCAAGACAAGAUGGCUCUCAUCGAGACUGCUCUCCGGAAUGCCUGGAUCCUGCCAUUAUGUCUCGUUCUCUGGCUGCUACGAAACCGCUACAGGCUGUCGUCAGUCCCCGGCCCUCUCCUGAACUCCAUCUCCGUGCUCCCCCGUCUCUGGUCCGUCUACCGAGGAAGCUCGCAUCUGGACGAUCUAGCCCUGCAUAAGAAAUAUGGGAAGAUAGUCCGGGUCGCACCGGGCCUCGUCUCCGUCUCGGACGUCUCGCAGCUGGAUCAGAUCUACGGCAUCAGCUCGCAGUUCUACAAAUCCAGCUUCUACGACCCCGUCCGGCUCUACGAUGAGGAGGGCAUCUUGCCAGACCCGUUUGUUCUGGCCGACAAAACACUGCACGCACGCAUGAAGCGAAACUCGGCCAACGCGUACUCUUUGAAGGCUCUGAUACAGCUAGAGCCGCUAGUGGACGGGGUGAUAGCCAGACUAUUCAACCAUCUGGACGCGACGUACGUUGAGACGGGCAAGACUUGCGAUAUAGGAGAGUACAUGCAUUUCUUCUCCAUGGACGCCAUCUUCACCGUCACUUUCGGCGCCGACUUGGACUUCAUCUCCCAGGGCGACUCCAAGGGGUUCUGCAAGCACGUGCAGGACGGCAUAGCUUACUUUGCGUGUUGCGGCCAGGUUCCAUGGGCGCACAAGUUCCUGCUCGGGAAUCCGUACCUGUCCAGAUUCCUAGCGAUCUCGGGCGACUCCAUCUUGGACGAGAUACUGAGCAUAGCGGUCGCGCAGCGCCAGGACGCGGAGAAGCGCAUCCUGGAGGCCGAGCACGAGACGGCCCAGGCCACAUUCCUCAUGACGCUCCUCCGCAACCAGGCCAAGAGCCCGAGCGCGAUCAACGACAGGGAAAUCAACGCGCACGCGAUCGGCAACAUCAUGGCCGGCGGCGACACGACCUCCACCGCGCUCCGCGCCGCCCUCCGCCACCUCAUCGACAACCCGGACGUCCUGGCGCGUCUCCUCGAGGAGCUGCGACAGGCCGGGAUCACGCCGGAGACGCCCGUGUCCUACGCGGUCGCCUCCAGGGUGCCGUACCUCACGGCCGUCAUCCGGGAGUCCAUGCGGCUGCACCCGUCCGUCGGCAUGUUGCUCUCUCGCGCGGUCCCGGAUGCGGGCGGCCUACUAUCAGACGGCAAACGGCAGUACCGCGUCGACGCCGGCAUCGACGUAGGCAUCAACCCCUGGAUCAUCCACCGGGACCCAGACAUCUUCCCGGACCCGGAAACCUACCGCCCGGACCGCUGGCUGCUGUCGUCACCUGCGCAGCUGGCAGCCAUGAACCGCGCCUGGAUCCCUUUCGGCGCUGGCCGACACAUGUGCUCCGGACAGCACAUCUCCCUGCUGGAGAUCACGAAGCUGAUUCCGGCGAUAGUGAUGCGGUACCACAUGCAAUGGGAGGACGCCGAUGUCUCCGUCACGAACCACUUCUUCACUAUCCAAAGCGGUAUGCGGGUUUCCCUGCAGCGAAAGAAGCAGGAGUAGAUUAUCUGUCUGUCUGUCUGUCUG